AAGUCUUAUCCAGUUCAACGACAUGAUCACCUGUGCCACUGAGGAAUGGUUCCUUUCUGCCAUCUUCAUGUACAACGGCUAUGGGUGCUACUGUGGAUUCGGUGGUGAGGGCGACCCCGUGGACCCCACCGACCAGUGCUGUAAGGAGCACGACGCUUGCUACGAUGCGGCCAAUGAUAACGGCUGUUGGGGAAUCCAAAAGUACACGAUUGAGUACAAGUACAAGGCGAAGAGAUCCACAUGGGGCGACCCGAGCAGCUGUGAAAUCUCCUGCACGAAAGCCGAUGAUUAUUUCUUCUGGGAAUUCGAUGAGGACUGCAAAUCCUACAUGUGCGAAUGCGACAAACAGGGGGCUCUGUGCUUCGCUCGCGAAGCUGGUACCGUCGACGAUAAAUACCAAGGAUGGUCGCAAUCCAACUGCAAAUAAAUUCGAAAAUCACAAUUAAGAAUGUCUUAAGUUAUUUGGUAAACAAAAUAAUCUUUUCACUAUUAUUAUAAUCGGAAAGGUGAUUAUUAAAAAGUUACAGUUACUAAACUUAGACAGUGGCAACGCCCUCUUUCGAUGACCGUGAACACGGUACGGAUAUUCAAAUCAGAAAGUAAUAGUUUCCGCCUGGGGCGCCCUCAUCGGCCUACCGGUUGGGCGUAAGGAACAUCCAAUUGAACACAGUGUCAUAUCACUUGAUGUGACGUCGUUGCAUCCCCAUCUGUGAUUGAUUGAAAGUUUCAUCAGUCGGCUUUUUAACUCUUAAUGUGUCAUUAAUGAAUAU